AGGAGGCGGGUCUUGUGUAGCGGUAGUAUCGUGUGCGCAGCCCCGGUCCGACCUCUCCCUCCCUUCGCCAUCAUCUGUUCGUCCGUGUGUGGAACCUGCUCCUCUUCUCCGACCCGUAACCGAAGAUGGCUGAUCUCCAGGCGAAGUUUGAUGCGGCCGCGGCUGAAGUGAAACAGCUGAAGGCAAAGCCGACAGACGAGGAGAUGCUGAAGGUUUACUCUCUGUUCAAACAGGCGACAGUAGGAGACGUCAACACAGCUCGUCCAGGGAUGUUGGACUUCACCGGUAAAGCCAAAUGGGACGCCUGGGAGAAGCAGAAAGGAAAGAGCAAAGACGACGCCAUGAACGAGUACGUCAGCCUGGUGGAGGAGCUGAAGCAGAAGUACGGAAUUUAAGGAAAGCACGUUUACUGAGCGCUGCUGCAACGCCUUAAAGCAGAGGAGUGGCCUUAACAUGUGAACCAUACGGUGGAUAUAGAAGUCACCGUGGAGAACAACCACUGCUGGACAAACAAACUGACCCCAUGUGACCCUGACUGACCAGUUACCUUGUAUCGGAUCAUGUUUUCUACGAGAGUCCUGUCAUUUCAAAUAAACCUUUCUUCAUCUCUA